AUGAAAAGUCAAUUAUCAUACCCAUCUGAUGAACGAGAAGCGGCUUUGAAUGAAGAACAACCUGAUGAACAUCAAAGACAAAGAGUAGAAAUAAUGGAGGAUGGUCGUGUUGCGAUUGGUCAACAUAUGAGUGAAAGGUACCAAAUUUUAGGAAAUAUCGUCGUAGACGAAAUUCAACAAGCUCUCAAUGAACUGGACAAGGUUAACACGUAUUUUUCUCCGAUUACUGGGUAUGCUGAGGAGCCUUUGUUGCCACUUCCUGAAGCAUGUGCUCCAUUGGCCGAUAUUCUUUAUAACUUAUCGGUCUAUGUGCAACGGGCACUAGAUGAAACUCCUGAAAAUCCACCUGAUCGGUUGACAAUUGAUGAGAGUGCUGCCGUUCGUCUAUACACGAUCGAAUGGGAAAGACCACAUCGCAGCCUGUAUUCAAUGCUCAAUUACACUUUGAAAGGUGGUAAUCGCGAAGAGCUUCGGCCUUAUUUUAAAUAUCUAAAGUUAUUCUUGACUGCACUGGUCAAAAUUCCGUGUGUCCCACCAUUGACUGUUUGGCGAGGAGUUACAAGAGAUUUGAGCGCGGAGUUUCCACCUGGUACCACAGUGACAUGGUGGUCAUUUUCUUCAUGUACAACAUCACUAACUGUCUUGGAGAAUAACUUGUAUUUGGGUACUACAGGAGCAAGAACUCUAUUUUCUGUUGAAGCCAUUAAUGGACGGACAGUACGUGCCCAUUCACAUUUCGUUACAGAAGAAGAGAUUCUUCUUCUACCUGGUACUCAUAUGAUAGUGCAAUCACAACUGAGUCCAGCACCUGAUCUCUAUAUUGUUCACUUGAAACAAGUCAUACCGGAGGCAACCUUGCUUGAGCCUCCAUUCGAAGUAUAUCAAUGCAGUGAUCCAUAUCCAUCACCAAUGACCACUGAAACUGGAAAAUUACCAGUUGCUAUAGUAUUUGGAGAUUUUAUGAAUGUCAAACGCGUAGAUUUGGCAGUGCUCAAUUAUGAUGAUCGAAGUGUUGAUAUACUUCUUGGUAAUGAGAAAAAUGAUUAUGAGGCUGAAUACUACUAUCAGACAGAUGCUGCACCAAAUUCUGUGUUUAAUGUUGAUCUAAACUAUGAUGGACUCAUGGAUAUUGUAGUAGUGAAUGGAGAUGAUGACAGCGUUAGCGUCCUGCUUGAUAAUAACAACGAAACAUUUCAAACCUCAAUCGAAUAUUUAGUCGGUGACAAUCCAAUGUCAGUGACCGCAGGUGAUUUCAACAAUGAUACACUCACAGAUGUAGUAGUAGCGAACUCUGACGAUGAUACGGUUAGCUUAUUGUUGGGUGGUGAAGAAGGUACAUUUUCUGAUAUUCAAAUUGCUUUUGACGUUGGCUCCAAACCUGUCUGUGUCAUAUCGAGUAAUUUUAAUCAGGAUGGAAAACUGGAUUGGGCAGUUAUCAAUCAAGAUGAUAACACUGUCAGUGUAGCAAUUGGAUAUGGAAAUGCAACUUUUGAAAAUCUACAGACUUAUAACGUUGGUGCGACACCAGUCUCUAUGACAUAUGAGGAUUUCAAUAAAGAUGGUAAAGUAGAUUUGGUAGUAGUAAAUUAUGGGAAUAAUAGUGUUAGUUUGUUACUUGGUAAUGGGGAUGGAUCGUUUCAAGCUCAAAUUGUUUACGAAAUUGGCAUGAAUCCAAGUGCUGUAGUGGUGGCUGAUUUCAAUAAUGAUAGGCAGAUGGAUUUAGCAUUAACGUUUUCGAAUGAAUCUUCCAUCGGUGUGUUAUAUGGAAAUGGUGAUGGAAGCUUUCAGAGACCUUUAAAAUAUAAGGUUGGUACUUCUCCAAGUGCUAUGAGAGCAGACGAUUUUAACGACGAUGGUAAAAUAGAUCUAGUAGUAGCCAAUUCUGGAGAACACACGUGCAGUAUGCUGAUUAACAGUGCUGAUGGAACAUUUCAAAAUCAAAUUAAAUAUGCUACUGGUGCGAAUCCGGUAGCGAUAACUUCAGCUGAUUAUGAUAACGAUACAAUAAUCGAUGUGUUGGUGGUCAAUAAGGGAGAUAAUAGUGUCUCCUUGCUACUAGGUAAUGGAGAUGGAACCUGUCGUGGUCGAAUGCCGCAUAGGCUCGAGAAGAUAGCCGAUUCGAUGGCAACAGGUGAUUUCAAUAAUGAUACCAAAUUAGAUCUGAUAUUGACUAAUACAAUUGAUUACAGUAUUACUCUACUUCUUGGUAGUGGACAUGGUACCUUCCAGGAACCAAAUUAUGUAAUGUCAGGUGAUUUUAAUAAUGACAAUAAAAUGGAUUUAGCAGUGCUCGGUCGACUUUCUAACCAUAUGGAUGUACUGUUUGGUGAUGGAAAUAUGACAUUUUCGAUUCGAAAACGGUAUGGAACAAGUAGUAGUCCAGGUCCUGCAGUAGCCUAUGAUUUCAACAAAGAUGGAAAAAUCGAUAUUGCUGUGCUGAACAAACUUUCUAACCUAUUAUAUAUGUUUUUAAACGAGUGCUCAUAA